AUGACUAUCGAAACGUUUCUUAAACUGUGUUUAGAGUACCUCUCACGUGAGGAGAACGUGAAUUCUUCUCUCUCCAGCUAUCUUCUUUGGAAUCAUGAAAUAAACAAGUCUUUUCGUGAAUUGACCUCCACUGAAAGGAUUCAGAUGACAGAAGCUCUUGAUCAGAUGGAACAAGAUGCCAACGUAGUUGGUAAUUCGUUUGUAUUCCAUUACUACAUGAGAUGCAAUGAAAAGAGAGAGAUGAACUACACUACUCAUGCCAUUGUAGCCCGACCAGAUAAUCAAAACAUCCUCACUGUCAUCAGAUGGAAGAAGAAUAUUGUGAAACUUGUCAAUUCGUUUAUGGACAAGACAUGCAGCCAUCAAAUUCUGAGUGCUUACUCGCAUGCAUCUUACAACUAUGGGAUAACCACAUUAGUGAGUGGUGUGUUAACCACAGAAGAUGGCAAGAGACAGGUGUUUUGUCAAAACUUGUUCCUUGUGCCAGAGACAACCCAAGGAAGGUAUCUAGCCAUGAACGACCUUCUGAGAUACCUCUGUGUGGAGAUUGAAGGUGACGUGUCCUCUAAUAGAUUUAUAAAAGACUACUACAUAUGUGGUGGUGAUAAGUACUAUGUGGAGGGUAGCUGUUUGAGCCGCCAGACAAGUGGUGGGGACAUGGUCUCCUUUAACGAUUUAAAGUCUAUCAAAGACCACAUAACAUCAUCUCAUUCCCAAACAUCAAACAUUGACAUCUUUACUGCGGAUUCACAACCUUCUUUCAACAGAUCAGUGAUUAUGCUCGUCACUGGUUCAAUGACUUUGAAAGAUGGAGGGAAAAAGACUUUUAUACAGUCUUUUCUGCUUGUGCCAAAUGAGGACACGUACAUCAUUUGGGAUGAUAUACAAAUGUAUGUUGAGAUUGACUCUCAAGGUGAACUUCCUCCUAAGUUCGAUGGGAACAAGGACAGGUCCUUUGACAGAUUGAGGCAAUUUGAGUUGGCAAAGCUACAAGCAGCAGAGCUCGCUGAGGGAACUCAUUUGGACUGGUGUAAGGCAGAGUCUCUGUUUAAGACAGAACUACUAGCUGAGGUUGAGCUAAUAAGCUCCAGCACUAGAGGAUUUGUGGUUUCACUUGGAUCUUUGAUUGGAUUUUUGCCAUACCGAAACCUUGCAGCAAAAUGGAAAUUUGUAGAUUUCGAAUCAUGGUUGAGAAGAAAAGGUGUAGAGGACCCAUCUUUGACGAUUAAAGCUCCAUCUCCAGAUCUUGUCAUGGUAUAUGAGAGACAGAAGCAAAAGUUCAUGUCCUCUUUUGUUGGCAGGAAAAUCAGGCUCUAUGUCAUUAAGGCUAAUAGACAGCAGCGUACGCUUGUAUUUGGGAUGAGGCCUAGAGGAAAUGAAGGAGAGCUUGUGAGAAAACGAGAGCUUAUGAAUAAGCUUGUUGUUGGUGAUGUGGUGAAAUGCUGCAUCACUAAAAUCACUUACUUCGGCAUUUUCUGUGAGGUACAAGGUUUCCCUGCUUUGAUCCACCAUUCAGAGGUGUCAUGGGAUUCACCUCUGAAGAUCGGUCAGGUUGUGGAGGCCAAAGUUCAUCAACUGGAUUUUCCUCAUCUGCGUAUCAACUUGUCCCUAAAAAGCCUCUGA